AGCUACCAUACAUGUCGAAAAAUAGUAUCUACGCGACUGUAAACAAUUUUUUCUUUGGCAGUUGAAGGCCCUAAUUCCGUCAAGUAUCAUACAAAGCCUCAUAGAAGAAUAACAAAAUCUUGUUCCACAAUAUUUUAUGUAUGUUUCAAAGAGUUUAUUGAGAUGAUUUAAAAGUGGUGAGACCUACGAAUGUGAGCCAAAAUGGAGAGUAGAGAUGACAGUACCACUCCUAAUUCAAUGGCGGUCCUCGAUCGGGGAGCUGGCGGUAUUUCUACCGUGGUUGGCUCACCCACGGCCAGCAGGCCUCCGUCAGGAAGACGAUCAAGAAACAUGACCCCCAUACAGAGAUCAGGAAGCCAGCUAGAAGUGUUGCCACCGGAUGAUGAGCCAAUCAAAGACAGAUCUGGAUCAAGGACAUCCAGUCGCACGAGUCAUCGCCCAUCUAGCCGGACCGAUAGUGCUGAUGAUAACAGUCCUCGUCAAACACAGAGUGCCGGGUCAUCAGGUCGGAGGUCGCGUCAAGGUCAGGAGGGUAAUGAUGCAGGAUUCAACAGGGCUAACAGUUUGGUUGGUCUUGCUUCAGCUUCACCUACUCCAGGGGAAUCUAGACCAGGCAGUACUAUCCACAAACAGGUUUCUUUGACCACUGUCAAGAGAAACUAUGAAACGCAUGGAAUUCCAAAGAAUGAAAAUUGGGACUUUGUACCAGAAGACAUUGCCAGGCUAACACCCCCUCUAACAAAUGGAACAAGCCAUACACAUUUAGACAAAAACAAGACUUUGGGAGCCACUGGUGGACUAUCCCAUAAAGCUGAGGGGGUGAUAGGAGUGGGUGCGAAUGGAGGGAACGGUGAUGGGGUUAAUGUUAUGUCAGAGAAGGAACGUACGGAGCAGAGGUUGAACUAUCUGAUGGAGCAGUUGAGUAUGAAGGACAAGGAGAUCAAACAACAUGAAGAGAGGAGAAAGUCAGGGAGUGCAGCAAAGAGGAAAGGUGGCCAAGCAGAAAUGACUCCAGCUAAUGAACUCGGUACAAGUAAGGGAGCCACUGCUGGACCUCCACCAUUCCUUGAAGACAGCAGAGACGAUAAACCUGACAAGACUAAGAUGGAUGACGAUGAAGAUGAUGGUGAUGAGGAUGAUGAUGAGGAAGAAGGACCAACUGCUCCAAUUGAACUCAUGGGAGAAUUCCUAGAUUCUGUGAUGGAAGAAGACUAUGAAACCGCAGAUAAGCUGUGUAAAAUGAUUCUGAUAUAUGAACCUGAAAAUGCAGAAUGCUUACAGUUCAAGCCCCUUAUUGAGGAGAUGCUGAAAAGAAUGUGGCACCGACAGCUGUAUGGAAGCAGUAGUGAAGACGAGAGCGGUGAAGAUGAUGAGGAUGAUGAUGAUGAGGAUGAGGAGGAUGAUGAGGAUGAAGACAGUGAUGAAGAAGAAGAAUCUUCUGAAAGUGACAGUUCUGAGGAGAGUGAUGAAGAGGAGGAGGAGGAGACAGAAGAAAAGACAAAGUCAUCAUCUGUGGUUUAUCCAAAUAGUUCAGAGACCUCCAAAUCAGGUGCCAUCCGCUGA